CGCCACGAAGCCCGAAAGGCGGUUAUCUCAACGGCCGGCCAACACGUACUCGCUUCCCUCCCGACACGUGUUCUGCACCGCAGAAACCUCUUCUCCCUCUUUCUACUUCUUCCAUCACACAUCACUAACAAUCUCUCAUCUUCACCGGCAUUGCUCUGCAAAUUUUUCUGAAGGUAAAAAGUUCAAAAUGACUAGCACAAAUUUGGAAACUCGUUCGUUGCUGGAUGAAAUCCGCGGUUUCGAUAACGGCGCCCUGUUUGACUUGGGCCAUCCUCUCCUUAACCGUGUUGCUGAAAGCUUCGUCAAAGCAGCUGGGAUUGGUGCGGUUCAAGCUGUAGCUCGAGAGGCUUACUUCACAGCCGUUGAUGGUGUAAGUCAAGAUACAUCCGCUAUCCCUCCAGAGAUUGGAAGUGCCAAGAAACAUCAUUCGUUUCCAAGCCUUAGAGGGGAUAGCAACAAAAACUCAUUUGAGGCCUUGAUAAGAAGCACAGGGAAAGAAUCUAUGCAAUGGGGUUUUGCUGCAGGAAUGUAUUCUGGUAUUACCUAUGGGCUUAGGGAGGUUCGAGGAACACAUGAUUGGAGAAACAGCGCCGUGGCUGGAGCCAUAACAGGAGCAGCACUGGCUCUCACAGCAAAGGACCAUUCUCACGAGCAGGUGAUCCAGUGUGCUAUUACAGGAGCAGCCAUCUCCACUGCAGCAAAUGUCCUUAGAGGCAUAUUUUGAGGGGCACUUUGGUCUAUGUGUGUUUCUGCUUGUUUUGGCAUAUUUGUAGCUGCCAAGGAAAACUUGUCUUUAGAUUCUGAACUGCUUUCAAUUUGGACUUUGCAAAAGCUGCAGUUAUAAGUUGUUAUGACCUGUUGUUGCCACCAUGCUAAUGUGUUUAUUUGUGCUGCUAGAAAGCUAGGCUUUUGUUUUUAUUUGUACUUGGUAGUAUUUUUGGAAAAUUCUUAGUGUACAUGAGUCAAAUUGUACACAAAACCCCCAUAUUUGCAUGUGACCCCUGUGUACACAUGCAUUUCCUUUAAAAAGGGGCAUAAUUUGUCUAUGUACACAAACAAUGUACACAGAAUUUGUCUAUGUACACCAAGAAUGGUCCAUUGUUUUUUAUAUUGGUAUUGUUUUGCUUCACAUACACAUUUGAUAAUUGAUAUGCUUAUCAACUUUUCUAUAAA